ACUACGGAUUAUUUAUAGCGGUGCGAUUGCCUGACGGCUCUGAGUCGAUAUAACCUCUCGGUGUCCUCCUUGAGUUUUUCUGCUACCAAAUAAAUAAUCAAAUAAUUUAUUUAUUAUGUCGAAUAGCCACUUGUUUUUAAAGUCAGGGUUCCCAAAAGCUCCAUUACAAAAUGGUUUGGGAAGGUAUAUUGGACAACUGAAACGGGUUACGUUAAAAUUCUGUAAGGAAAGCGGAGCUAGUCGUGGAAUGAGGGAUUUUAUUGAAAGAGAAUUAGUGGAUUUCGCAAAAGAAAAUCCUGGUGUGGUAGUGUACGUCAAACCAAGAAGACAUCGGACUCCUGUCCUAGUGGGAGAAUAUCUAAACGGAACACGGGAAUGGAUUAAUUGCCGAAAUUUUACAAAAGAAGAAGUAACUAAGUGGCUAGAACUAAUGCGAACACAGAGUGGUCCUUCUGGCGCAUUGAGAUUACGGAAAAUGUGGCACACAGAUGUCCCUUCAAUUCAAGGACCGUGGACCCCUUUCACAUUAAAGAGCCCCGAGACAAACUUGGUUGUAUUCCCAAGCGAGGAACAUUCUAAGCCAUUAUUCGUAGAAAAAUCAGCUACGGAAAAACUCAUAGAACUUUUCCAGAAACAAAAACUGGAAGAUGGAGAUUUGGAUAAAAAUCGAGCGAAGUGAUAUUGUUCGGUAAAAGUAGUGUAAAUAUUGUUAAUGCUUUAAAAAUGUAGAAAAUAAAAAUGAACAGAAUAAUUUCUA